AUGUCUAAAGGUAAAGUUUGUUUGGCUUAUUCUGGGGGUUUAGAUACCAGUGUUAUUUUGGCUUGGUUAUUGGAACAAGGCUACGAAGUUGUUGCUUUCAUGGCCAAUAUUGGUCAAGAAGAAGAUUUCGAAGCUGCUGAAAAGAAAGCUAUGAAAAUUGGUGCCACUAAAUUCGUUUUAUCUGAUGUUAGAAAAGAGUUUGUUGAAAAAAUCUUAUUUCCAGCUGUCCAAGUUAAUGCUGUUUACGAAGAUGUUUAUUUAUUAGGUACUUCUCUAGCCAGACCAGUUAUUUCUAAAGCUCAAAUCGAUGUUGCUGAGAAAGAGGGUUGUUUUGCCGUUGCCCAUGGUUGUACCGGUAAGGGUAAUGACCAAAUUAGAUUUGAAUUGGCAUUUUAUGCUUUGAAACCAGACAUUAAAUGUAUUGCUCCUUGGAGAGACCCGGAAUUUUUCAAUAGAUUUGCUGGUAGAAAAGAUUUAUUGGACUAUGCUGCUGAAAAGGGCAUUCCAGUGACCCAGACCAAAGCUAAGCCAUGGUCUACUGACGAAAACAUGGCCCAUAUUUCUUAUGAAGCCGGUAUUUUGGAAGAUCCAGACUGUACUCCACCAAAAGAUAUGUGGAAAUUGAUUACUGAUCCAUCAGAUGCUCCAAAUGAACCACAAGAUUUAACUAUUUUCUUUGAAAAGGGUCUUCCCGUUAAAUUGGUAAUUGGUGAAAAAAAAUACACAACGCCGUUAGAAAUUUUCCAUGCAGCUUCCUCUAUUGCUAGAAAGCAUGGUGUUGGUAGAAUUGACAUUGUCGAAGAUCGUUAUAUCAAUUUGAAGUCUAGAGGAUGUUAUGAACAAGCUCCAUUAACCUUGUUAAGAAAAGCUCAUGUUGAUUUGGAAGGUUUGACUUUGGAUAGAGAAGUUCGUCAAUUGAGAGACCAAUUUGUUACUCCAUCUUAUUCCAGAUUGUUAUAUAAUGGUUCUUAUUUCACUCCAGAAUGUGAAUAUGUCAGAUCUAUGAUUCAACCAUCCCAAAAUACUGUCAAUGGUCAAGUUAGAAUUAGAUUAUAUAAGGGUAAUGUGAUUAUUUUGGGUAGAUCAAGUGAAACUGAAAACUUGUACGAUGCCACUGAGUCCUCUAUGGAUGAAUUGACUGGUUUUCAACCAACUGAUACUACUGGUUUCAUUGCUAUCCAAGCCAUUAGGGUUAAAAAGUACGGUGAAUCAAAGAAGGCUAAGGGUGACCCAGUUGUUUUGUAG